UGAGGGAAGCACGCGAAUGUGGGCGCACAUCUUGAUCAGCUGCUUCCGGGCUGCGGCUUCUCGCGUCCAGGAUAUCAUAUAACCCUGGCCGCCGCGCUUCCUCUUGUUCUCUGUGCCCAUCUCGCCGAGGAGCGGGACAAUUACCGUACUUCCUCCCCCUUUCGUUCACAUUCGUCUCCCCCCUUUUCCUUCUUGCUCUUUGCCAACUCACUCUCGCCAUGCUCGUUCCCCUUCUCCUGCUAACCGCGCCCUUCGCCCGCGCCAUACUCACCAAUGUCACCAUCGGGACUCCUGAGCCCGAGGCUCUACCAGCGGCUUUCCACUGGGUAGCAGAGGAGUACUUGGGCCAGAAGUACGUGCGCUCAGAGGAAAAGGACGCGUAUGUGCUGUUCGGGUUCGAGGGGACUCGCCUCUAUCUCACCUUCCCCCGCUUUCUCGAUGCCGAUGGAUACAGCCAUUCCAACACUAGGGCUCUCAUAACGCUCGACGGCUACAAUCAGACGAUUGACAUGUCAGAGCACGGUCCUCCAUCCUACGUGUGGGCAGGGAUGAAUAACACGCAUCAUGUGUUGAACUUCACUGCAGGUGAUGGGGACUGGGCUGUCAUCGGGACCAUUGCGUAUACGACGGGCGAGGAAGACACCACCACCACUUCGAGCUCUUCUGAGCACGCGACCACCAUCUAUACGUCUAUCACCGUACACGCCACGUCGGAGGCUUUUAGCGCCGUCACCGACGACGCCUCUACUGCGACGGGCUCAGAGUCAUCAUCCGACGGUCAAGCUGCACCCACAUUGCUAUCACCAUCAGCAUCAGCAUCUUCAUCUGCAUCGCCGUCUGCUGUUGUCAAUUCAGCUUCGUCCUCUUCUUCUCCCAUACCCAUGGCCGUGGGUAUCUCGGUUGGCGGCGCCGUACUGCUCGCGGCCAUCCUGGUUUGGCUACUGUGGCGCCGGCGGGCAUGCUGCUUCGCGCGACGCGGCGACAGGGACCUCGCACGCGUAGACAUGGGAGGUGGCCCCGGUCCCUCCUGGCGCUCGCUCUUCGCCUCGCAAGGCGGCUCGCCGACGACAUCGCCCGGCGUCCUCGACUUCGAGAAGCAGCCCAUGACACAUGGCGCGAACCCGGCUGUGGGCGAAAGUGCGGCGUGGUCGCAGGCGGGCAGCCUUCCUUCGUUCGCCGCGGAUAGUGGGAGGAGCUUCGCGUCAACGAGCGCGCCGAUAACGCCCAACUAUGCGGUCGGGUACAACGAGUUCGCGGUGCGGCAGCAGGCGCAGGGCGCUGAGGCCCUUCCUAACCCGUGGCCGAACGACGGGAAGACGAAGCACCUGCUUGUGCCGCCGCCUCGCACGAGCUCGUUAGACGGUCGCGUCACGUCGACGAUCUCGGGGCUCUCGACGCUGUCGAGCGGCUGGCUUCCGUCUGAUGGCUCGCGCGCAGGAACGCCCCUGCCCCUGCGCGGAGAGACGUCUGUGCCUUUCAGCGGCUCCCAGACGAGCGGUCCUAGCGACCCGCGGUCGGCUACGCCUACGUCGACGCGCCCUCUCACUACGAGCCCGCUGUCUCAGCCCAUCGCCCUUGAGCACCAGUCUCGCUCGUCUGGUUAUCAUAUCGACUUCAAGAGGCCUCAGGCGCUCGCGCUCGUCGGUGAGCCCGCGGAGCAGCCAAGCACGUCCGACGACAUCGCUAACGACCCGCGCUACUACGUCGCUCCACCCGCGUACUCCCCUGGCGAUGGGUAUGGCAUCCUGACGUCUGGAUCGCAGGUAGAGGUGCCGCCUCUGCCAGUUAAGCGUGUACCUUCUAGCACGCUUGCGCCUCCGGAGGGAGAUGUCCAGCGCAACGUCGUCCGUCGCCGCGCGAGCGCUAGCGGACCGUCGAGCGAAGAUGGAUUGAGCAUAGCUUCGCUGGACGAGUAGACGUAGUCCUUUCUUUCUUCUACCCACUGCUGGUCAACUUUCCUUCUUUAUUGGCUCGAGGCGGGCUAUGGCGCCCUCUAUGCCUCUUCGUUCACGGAUUAUCACGACUUUCUGGUCUUCUUCCACCAAUUGCGGGUUUCCUCAUUCAUGUAGCCAUACUUCUGUACACCGUUCCACCUUCGGUAUAUUGUCAGAAAUCAAUUUUUGUUCCUCCCUAGCAAGGUCGCGGCACAUGCACG